UUGUUUUUGCACGUGAGCGCUGAACGGCGACUAUAUUAUAGACAUAUAGUAUAUUCUGCACGUAGAGGAUUUGACGUGCUCGAUUUCAGUAAAUCACUUUUGAUAUUAUACAUUUUAAAUUCGUUCUUCAAUAUGGGUAAAACGAAAAAGAAGAAUAUCAAUAAAGUAGGCAUGGACAAGCCGUACACGAAUUUAGCCGAUCAGAUUGCUGGCGAUCGAGUCGCCUCGAAGAAAAACAAGGAACCCAAAAUACGAAUCCGCCAAGAAGAAAACGAAGAGUUGAUUGGGUCUCAGCUGUCAAAACGUAUAUUGCAUCAAAUACGUGAACAGAAGCAAGAAAUUAAUGAAAGCGAGGGUGACAAUAAAAUUCUUCUUACUUCAUUGGGAUCGGGCACCGACUCGGAAGAUGAUGAAGAUGAUAAACCAAUGUUUGGGGAAGGAGAUGAGGGAGACUUUUAUGAACAACUGGAAAUAAAUAAAGAUGACGAAAAAGCUUUAGAAAUGUUUAUGUCUAAAAAACCAGAAACGAGAUUUACAUUAGCAGAUAUGAUAAUGGAAAAAAUAACAGAAAAACAAACAGAAAUUCAGUCACAGUUUACAGAUGCAGAAAGUGUUCAGCUUCAAGAUGUAGAUCCACGGGUUAUACAUAUGUAUAAAGGUGUUAAACAAGUUUUAACCACUUACAGGAGUGGUAAACUACCUAAAGCAUUUAAAUUAAUACCAAAAUUGCGUAAUUGGGAGCAAAUUUUAUACAUAACUGAACCAUCAUCUUGGAGUGCUGCAGCAAUGUAUCAAGGUGUUCGUAUUUUUGCAUCUAAUCUAAAAGAAAAUAUGGCUCAAAGGUUUUAUAACCUAGUGCUUCUUCCUAGAGUUAGAGAUGACAUAGAUGAAUAUAAAAAACUUAAUUUCCAUUUAUACGAAGCAUUAAAAAAAUCUUUGUUCAAACCGGGAGCUUUUAUGAAAGGAAUACUCAUACCUUUGUGCGAAAGUGGCACAUGUACACUGCGAGAGGCUAUUAUUAUUGGAUCGGUUAUCGGUAAAAAUUCUAUACCAAUGCUGCAUUCAGCGGCUGCCAUUCUUAAAUUGGCUGAAAUGGAUUAUAAUGGAGCAACUUCGAUAUUUCUGAGGAUACUUUUUGAUAAAAAGUAUGCACUUCCUUAUAGGGUCAUAGAUGCAGUUGUGUUUCACUUUUUAAGAUUUGAACACGAUCCAAGAGAUUUGCCUGUUUUGUGGCAUCAAUCAUUAUUAACUUUUGCUCAGCGUUACAAAACUGAUAUAAGUUCCGAACAGAAAAAAGCUUUAUUACGACUGCUAAGAUCUAAAUCACAUCCGACAAUUACUCAGGAAAUACGUCGUGAAUAUGAGAAUUCAACAUGUAGAGAUAUUGAAAUGCCCGAACCCAUGUAAAUAUUAAUUAUGAACUAUUUUAGUUACGUUUGUGAUGUUAACUUUGAUGUCAAUUUAUUUUAUUAAAUAAAAUUCAUAACCUAAGAAA